CUGUAAAACUCACACAAUAUCUAAAUUUCAAACACUUCUCUUUUCCUCCUAUUUUCAAGUCUUACAAGAUGAGCCACUUAAAACCCCUCUCCAUAUUGUUUUGCCUUCUCCUAGUAAUCACUUCCCUAGUCUUUACACCCUCCAAUGCAAUCACCUUCACAGUAAAAAACAACUGCCCUUACACUGUAUGGGGCGCGGCGGUACCUGGUGGUGGCCAGCAAAUGAAUUCUGGUUCCACUUGGACUGUCACCGCCAACCCUGGCCAACAAGGAGCCCGCAUUUGGGCCCGUACUGGCUGCACAGUCACGGGACCGAAUGGGCUCCGGUGCAACACAGGAGACUGUGGUGGACUACUCCAAUGCACAGCUUAUGGGACACCCCCUAAUACUUUAGCUGAGUAUGGCCUAAAACAAUUCAACAAUUUAGACUUCUUUGACAUAUCCUUAGUAGAUGGGUUCAAUGUUCCCAUGAGUUUCUUACCCACAGGUGGGUGCAGUAGAGGCAUCACUUGCAGUUCUGAUCUUAACGGGCCGUGCCCCGGGCCACUUAGGGUUAAUGGUGGUUGUAACAACCCUUGUACGGUGUUUAAAACUGAUAAUUACUGCUGUAAUUCUGGGAGUUGUGGCCCUACUGAUUACUCCAGGUAUUUCAAGGGUAAAUGCCCUGAUGCUUAUAGUUAUCCCAAGGAUGAUGCAACUAGCACCUUUACUUGCCCUACUGGUACCAAUUAUAUGGUUACUUUUUGUCCUUGAAGAAAUCUCAUAAUUCUUCAAUAUUGAAACAUUAUGAAUAAAUUGGAAUAAUGUUCUUAUGUAAUGAUAUCUAUCUAGAUGUAAUCAUCUUGCUUUCAGUGAGUCGAGUCACUGAACCGCAAGUAUCUUUAUUAAAUACAAAUUACGCAGCUACUUGUCAAGGGAAUGUAAUAAUUUUCGAAUAUGACAUAUUGACAAUGCAACAAUUGUCUUUGACAAAAUGGUACACUUUGUGCCAUUUGUGGUCUAUAGUUGAACAUCUUCAUUGUACCCUUCUAGUUUUCAAAGUGCAUUAUGAGUUACUCCAA